CCGGAGUGUAAGCGACCAUCAACAGUGUUAUCGGAGUCCGCAGUAUGUCUGCCUCGUAAUCGCAUGUAAAGUGAGAUAUGCUGGGCAAUGUAGAAGUGCGGCAGUGGGUGGAAGGAAUCCCUAUUGCCAUUACUGUGUUGGUGCGAUCUCCAAUCACCUGGUCGGAAGACAACAACAUAGCUGUUGUGACUCAACUUGGGACAUAUAUUUUUGAGCUGACCCUAUCAUCGGAGGAAUGUUCACCCAGCAUAGUAUACACUCGGUCCUUUAUCCCACCACCAAAAGAACCAAGCAAAUGGCAGAACACAGGAAUAACAGUGAGACCAAUGGUAGAACAGGUAGAACACAGUGCAAGUCAUGCAAUCAUGCUCGAUGGCGUGUUGUCAGCUGGACAGAGAACCCAUAGUGAACAGUCCCCGCUCAACAAUCGAAACCUGUCUCCUGCCAUCCCUGGAGGCAUCGCAAAUCACUUAGGAUAUCACAGAGGUGCUUGGUCUCCGUAUGGGGUGGGGGUUCAGAGAAGAUGCUUGCUAGCCCUUGUCACACAUGACCACCAGAUGUUGAUAGUAGGCCAGGAAGGACGGCAGUGGAACAAGUUAGUGGAUAUAACAGGCCAGUGGUACAACUAUGUCUCUGCCAAUUCUUGGGCUUUGACCAGCCUCCCCAAAUCCUCUCCGUCACAUGAGGUGUUCACUGCUAGGAUGAGCAUGUUAUCCAUAUUAGCAAUACUGUGGACCCCAUUGUGUGAAGAUAAUGCAGGUAAAUUCAGUGUCUUGCUCACCACAACGGCAAGUGGCCACAUAACGUUUUGGAGAGUGCCUGCAGGUUUCAGCGGCAAAGAAGAUAUUCACAUCAUUGGGGUGAAGGAAGCUAACAUGAAGUCUUUGUCAGCAAUUCGUUGGAGUUCUGUUUGUGAAGGCUGUGGUUAUCUGGUGAUGGGUAACAGUAAUGGGCAAGUGAAGGUCUUUUAUUGCAAGAUAGAUGGCAAUGGAAUUUUACUGAGAGACUUGGGUUUUGCCUUUGAUGAUGAUUACAGAAUGCAGGUGAACUUUGUACAGCUUGUUCAUCUUGACAAUGAGCAGCACUUGCUUCUUCUCGGAAAACACAAUAUAUUUGUUGCAGCAACAAUUGAUCUCACAGAAGACAAACUGCAGAUUCACAAUGCUGCACACUGCCAUGUUGGAAAGUUGGCAAUUUCAGGUGUUGUGUAUUUGGAAAACAGUAACAUAUAUGUCGCAGUCAAGGAUGGUCUGGUGCAACGCCUUUGUGUCAAGUUAGAACCAGAAAGAAAUGUCUCCAUUGAACUCACUGGAAAUUCCUUUCGUUCGGAGGGCGUUGCUUUCACUGGCCUUGUGACGUCACCAAAUGCUUCGCUCUGGGGUAUCCUAGAGUCAGUAAGUGUUGCGUAUGACCACUUGGUAGUGCGAGAACCCACGCAGCUCAACCUUUACCAAGUGAGUAAAUCGUCAACAAUCAUGGAUCACCUGCUGGAAAAGCCUGUUCCUCUUCAUAGUCAUGCAGACCUUCUUGAAAGUCUCAGAAUCUCUGCAUGCAAGGGAGGAGGACCAAUAAAAUUUCCUUCAUCCAAAGAAAUUACUGGUUGUUCUCUCCAUGAACUGAAAGUCUUUUACUGGCUGGCAAAGAUGAGCAGAAACAUUAGAGUCAGUGACAUAAAACCUAUAGAACAUUUGGAAGAACUAGAACAACAGCUACAGACAAUAAUAUUGGAAAAAUGGAUAAGAGAUUGUCUUAAGAAUUUUACCAAUGCAGUUAUUCCAGGAGACCCAACCAUUGCUUUGUCUAUUUCUUUAAUGUGUGAAUGGCUGGGUAGAAAAGAUGAUGAUAGUGAUGUUGAGUCAGUGAAAAAGAAGAUUGGCAUAGUGAGCAACGAGCAGUGUCUUGUGUGCAAAGAAAGCAUCAAACUAGAUACCCUUGUUUAUGGAAAAUGUGAAAAAGGUCACACUCUUCCCAGAUGUUGCCGAACAUUUUUAUUAAGCCGACCAACAGUGCAUUGCCCUCGCUGCAAAGUUUUUGUCCACUCUGCAGCUACUUCACUGUUAGGAGGGAGUCCAACCUGCACCUACUGUGACGGCUUGAUGGCAGAUGAAAUUGGAAGCAGGAAGAGAUCGAGAAAAUAGCAUGAGGAAGGUGUCAUCUGGAGCAGAGGCAGCUCUUUGUUUCGUUCUUUCUUUCUUUUUUGUUUAUUCUUACUUUCUUUCUUUUUUGUUCAUUCUUUCUUGCUUGCUUUUUUUGAUCAUUCUUUCUUGCUUUCUUUUUUUUAUCAUUCUUUCUUGUUUUCUUUUUUGUUCAUUCUUUCUUUUUUUCUCUCCCUUUUUUUCUCUCCUUUUCUCUCUCCUUUUCUCUCCCUCUUUUUCUCUCCCUCUUUUUCUCUCCACCUUUCUCUCUCCACCUUUCUCUCUCUACCUUUCUCUCUCUACCUUUCUCUCUCUACCUUUCUCUCUCUACCUUUCUCUCUCUCUCUCUUUCUCUCUCUCUCUCUUCAAGUGUAUGCCUUUGACUAUCUGUAUACUUAACAGGGUUUUAUGAUAGCUGGAUUAAUUUUGUGGAGAAAGUUAUGGUAUUAUUACCCAUACCAGCAGAUGUGGGUCAAGUAAAAGUGUUGAUAGGAAAGCAUAUACUUUUUUACCUUUUACCUCUCUGCUGAUGUAUGAUUUCAUACGUAAUUUC